GAGUGAUAGUUUAUAACACUGCCAGUGUAUAUGGUAGUCUUAUCUAGUUUCCAAAAAUUAAGGAAGUUAAUUCCAAGCCCUGCAGCUCUUAUCAUACAAGAUUGAUGAAUCAAUGAUGGUGAACUGUGGCUGAAAUUUAAAGUUUUUGUACUUCACAUGAAACAAUGCUGAGUGAAAUGGAGUAAAAUAUCAUUAAGGAAACCCGGCAUCAAGUCUAUACUCCUCUCAUUAUGGUGCUAAUGGGUUAGCCAGAAGUGAAAGCAGUAACGACUCAGAUUAAGAUCAAGUUAAUAGAUUUGAAGAAGGAGGAUGAGCACUCUGUAACAGGUUAUAAUGACUAAAAAUUUAUCUUGCAUCGGUAGGCGGAAGCCUCCGGAGAGGGAGUACACGGAUUACAGCAAUGAGGCAGCAGAUGUGGAUUUCACAUAUGCUGAUGUUGAUUCGCAUGCAAAUGAAAUAGCAGAACUUUAUAGCUACUCGGAGCAGUCUGAAUUUUGUCUUAAUGUCAAAGCAUUUGAAUCCCACUUCGGAGCAGGUUUGGAAAACCAGCCGUUCUGGCAUAAAUUCAGCUUGGCUGAGAAGAAAAAUUCAAUUGGCACCUUAAUUGAUUUGUUGGAAGUCACUGACAGGAACAAACGCAUGACAGCAGCCAGAUGCCUGUUAUACAUCGCUCAAGGCUGCUGGGAAGAGUGCCAAUCAGACGUAGAACUCAUGUCCAAAGCUACUGAAAAUGUAGUACUUUUGUACGAAUGUGGCGCGUUUCAUGCUUUUAUUGAUCUUUUAAAUUUAGAAACCGGUUGCAAAAACACAUCCGUUACAUCAAUAAAGAAACUUACCAACAGCAUUGCAGAUUCUGUUGACUUAAGAAUAAUCCUCAACUUCCUUAAUAUUAUCGUAGAAGUGAUGAGAACUCUUCAGGACUCGGAAAAAGAAGAGUGGAGACAAGUGUUUGAUGAAUUUCGCAGCGAUAUUUCUCAGCCAAUCCGAGAUGAAUUGUUAGCCAUCAAGCUCUUCACUCUCAUAACUCAAUUUUGUUGCGGGUCGGCUUCGCAUUUCCCUGUUAAAAAAAUUCUCUUGUUCCUGUGGAAAGUCAUUCUAGUCUCAUUAGGUGGGUCACAAGAACUGCGCCGACUGAAAAUUCAGUACAGAGAAGCAGCAGGCUUAAAACCUUUUCUAGAAGAUACUGUAGAAAUUGCAAGCACAAUGAGAGCUUCAUCUCCACCAACCAGCGCUGCUGAUGUCAUUGAUGCUCAGAAUCAGAUACAGAAAAAACGAAACAACAAGCCCCUCCGUCGAAAUCUGAUGCGACUAGAUUCAAUGGAUGCGCCUGAUUUUGAAGACCAAAAUAAUGGAGAGAAUGACUCGUCCCCCAAUUACAUGAAAGAACAAGUCCCGGAUGUAUUCUCCUUAUCUGGCUAUCGAUUGGAUCCAAAUCAGUCGGAGCAAUCAGAUCUUGACCGAUCAGAUGAUCAGCUUGAUCAACCUGAUUAUGAUGUUUGUUUUAAAUUGAAGAUGACUGAUGACUAUGAUGAAGACGAAGUAGAUAAUCAGUCGACCCCACAAUUGGAAUCCUCUGAGCAGUCUGGUUCUGAUUCAAUGAAUACUGAUGUAGAUAUGCCCAUGGAAACAGGCUCUUGUAAAGGUCUGCCUUGGGCUCCAAAAGUGAGGAAAAAAGACUUAGAAACAUUCCUAGAUAAUACUCGUGAGAAAUUCUUACAGUUUUUCUUACCUGGUGACACAGAAACUUUAUUUGGGCUUCCAAACCCUAUUUUUGAGAGUGUGAAGGUUCUGAAACAACAUAUCUACACCUCUCUUGCAGAAGUGCAAAUUCAACGGGAAGAAGAGUUGAACCGCAAUCCUAUUUCAAUGAAAGAGUCUGUUAUUAAUCAGACUCCAACAGAGGUCUUGUAUCAAGCAAUGUUGCCUCAGCUGCCUCAAUUUAUGAUCGCUCUAUUAAAAAUCUUACUUGUAGCAGGUCCGACCUCCAAAGCUAAAGCUGAUUCCAUCAACAUUAUGGCAGAUGUCCUUCCAGAGGAAAUGCCGAUGACUGUAUUUCAGUCAAUAAAACUUGGAAUGGACGUCAAUAGACAUAAAGAAAUAAUUGUCAAAGCCAUCUCUGCUAUUUUGUUACUGCUUUUGAAGCACUUUAAAAUCAACCAUGUUUAUCAAUUUGAAUUUAUGUCUCAGCAUAUAGUUUUUGCCAACUGUAUUCCACUAAUCCUAAAAUUUUUCAAUCAAAAUAUUUGUGCCUAUGUUGGCGCCAAACAUGUGAUUCCAAUUCUUGACUUUCCUGCGUGCGUAAUUGGAUGUCAACCAGAGUUAACACCAGAAAGCUUGGAAGUCGGUGAUAAUCACAAUCAUUGUUGUUGGAGAAACUAUUUUGCUUGUAUCAAUCUGUUACGAAUUUUGAACAAACUCACUAAGUGGAAACACUCAAGGAUAAUGAUGUUAGUUGUUUUUAAAUCAGCUCCGAUUUUAAAGCGAAGUCUCCAUGUGCGCAAUGCAUUAAUGCAGCUGUAUGUGUUGAAACUUCUCAAGAUGCAAACCAAGUAUCUUGGCAGGCAGUGGAGGAAAAUUAAUAUGAAGACUAUGAGUGCUAUCUACCAGAAAGUCCGCCAUCGUCUUAAUGAUGAUUGGGCUUAUGGACAUGAUUUGGAUGCAAGGCCAUGGGAUUUUCAGGCCGAGGAAUGUGCCUUACGAGCAUCCGUGGAUCGUUUCAACACAAGACGAUACAAUCCUGCAUAUUUGUCCAACAUGAGCUUCCCGGAUUUUGAGCCAGUUGAUACCAACCUUCUCAGUGUCCUGAGCACACCGUUUGAACUAUCCGAAGACUUUCGGCAGCAUUAUCAAGUGUGGUUGAGGCAAGAAGUAUUCCAACGAAAUAUCAAUUGGGAUGUACUCCUGCAACCAGGGUACAUGGGUUGAAAGAAACUGUAACCACUCAUUAGUGCAAAAGAGGAAAGAAGAUCAAAAUCAAAACUCCAUUUGAUUCAUCUUCUAUCAUUCAUUAUUUCUCAAUUUUUUGCAGAACUAUUUCUGCACUCAACUAUAUUUUAAUCUGGAGAGCAGGAAAAUGUUCCAUGUUUAGUACUGCUCGAGUCAUGGGCUGAAAAUAUUUAUUUAACAUUCAACAUUCAAACCGUGCCAUUUUUUAGAACCUUGUCAAUAUAAUAAGUUUCUGAACAGCUGGACUGCUUCUGAAUCAAUUGAAGUCCUAUAGAAUUAUUGUCUCAUUUUAUCAGCUUUUGGUCAUUGUGAUUAAAUUCCUGAAAUUUUAAAUUUUUGGUUUUCUGUCAUCAAAAAGUGUGCGGGAGUUUUGAAAAAAGUAAAAAACGGGAAUUCCUCUCAAUAUGGGAAAUAACUUUACAGAAAGUGAUUACAGACAAUGGGAACAUGGUAUUCUGCGAGGAAAGUAUUGGUAUUUUUCAUGUCCAGUCCUCUUCAUCAUUUCGAGAUCGAAUCAUUUUAAUUUUGAAAACAGCACUAACUUCAGUCAAAAUGAAGUUUUGCAUCAUGUCCUCAAUUGAAAUUCCUAGAAGAUUUGUCACUUUUUCUCUCUUAUAACCAAGAAACACAAUUGUUUAUGAAUUCAUGGUGCUUUAGGUAUGUUUGCAAACAACAGACUCAGUCAAACAAUGUUUUAUCAUUUUCUAAAAUUCUGAAGUCAACCUGUCUAAGUAGUAUGCUCCAAAUUCUCAAGAAAAGAGGCCAAGUUAUUCGAGGAAAGAGGAAUGUUGAAAAAUACUUAAUGUAAUUUAAUAAAAUAAAGAACAAGAGGGCAAAAUUAUUGAUGAAUUCAAUUACUUGUCCAAAGAAGAUGGUGUAAAUUAUACCUGUACAUCAUUCUAUACAUGCAAGAAAAAGAAUAUUUUGUUUUGUUCAACUUUUUGCGCAACAUAGAGUCUUUUUGACACUCGCAGGUGAAUAAAAAUGGUCAGCAUUCAGGUCCUUUCACUCGUGUAGUGAACUCCUUGUUGCAUCAUUUUCUACAUUCUAAAGCCAAUAUCUGUGAACACAAGGUCUUUUCGCACUCAGGUCCUCCUUUAAGCAAGUUUCUUCUGUCUGAAGUGAAAAGGCUCUAAAAUAAUUUUUUCUAGAUUUGUGAACCAUAAGGUUUAUAUGAGAAUGACAUGAAUACAAAAUGUUCCUUUGAAAAGAGCGUCAGUGAAGUUGUCGGAUGAAGUGAGUCAUUGCUGAAAUUUUAAUGUUUUAUUAAUAGCAAAGCUGAGUGAGUCACCCAUGGAUAUUGAUGAUAGAAGAGCAAGGACUGGGAACAGUCCUUUUCAAGGUCAUGCCAAGUAUUCUUCGCCAUCAGCAGAGAUAUGCUUUUAGUGAGCCUUGAUCAUUCAGUUCUUACAGAGAAAGACCAUAAAAAAAAAUGUAUUUCCUUCAUUGGGAAGAUGUAAGAUUUAAAGUUGACAGUUAGUCUCCAGAUUAUAAUUACACUGGAGUCUUUGUUUUGAACACAAAUAGAUGAGAUUUGGUAACCAUAGUAGAGCUAAUAUUUAGUUUUAUCAAUAGGUUUCUAAUCAGAUUUUGUAUUCUUACAGAUAACUCACCAAAAUCUUAUUGUCUCAGUUUCUUUAUAUGAAAGUCAAAUUAAAUUAUGAAACUAAAAC